UACGCGACCCACACGCGCGGCGCAGCGUGUAUCUGUCUGCCGUCAAGUAGUCGGAGACGUGCGCGUGCGCGCGAGCGCGCACAGCGCGAGAGAGCGCAGCUGGUUUGGAGCGGCGAUAGCGAAAGAGCGCACGAAAGAAACGUUAAUUACCGGCAUUACCCGCUAGUCAGCCGUAAAAUGUACCACGGCGGCGCGGCCGGCUCUCUAACGCUGCAAGGCGGACGGGGCGGGACGGGGAGAGCACGAAAACAUAGAGUCCCCGCGCCGGACCGCGACGAAAUAAUACACUCGCCCUGCUCAAUGAGGAAUUAAGCGUAAACGAAUUACGCACGGCGCACCGUCGCACGGUGGGGUCGUUGUGGGGGAAAAUUGUCUCGUUUGCGUUACUCCCAACGCUCCUUUUCUCUCCUCCCUCCCCUGUCGUGCGCUCGAAUUCUGAAAGAAAAAACAAAAGAGAAAGGAAAGAAUAAUUGAACUGGAGUUCUUCCCGGAUGUAACAGCAUAGUAAUUAUAAUCAUUUUUAUUAAAAAGAUAAAAAUGAGCCAGAAAUACGUGGGCCAAAUAGUAUAUUUUCUAGAAUUCUACAAGUAAAAAGUGAAACUAUAGCAAUUUGCAAUGACAAAUUUAUCUUUAACAGAAUUCGCAAUUCCAGAUGUUGUCCCUGGAAAAAGUAUGACUGAAUUGGAUCUCAAAAGCGUCAGAUGGAUUCUAGUGGAUUCUCACAAGGGAACACCGCGAACCCGAACUCUUUGAUUUUGAUACACUUUUUGACGGCAGCAUCGCUCUCGCGGGCGGCCCGAAGACUCAUCGGCCCGGAAACACGUCGCAUCGACUGCCGUCAGGAGUUAAAUCUCGGCGAGAAUUUUAUUUCCGAGAUCUCCGUUCCCCCGCCCGACGAGGCCCGGCGAGACUCCAUUAAGUGCGCGACGAGCGGAGAGAGGAGGAAGGAGAAGCGGCUGCUCAGGACCGAUUGUUCCUUUCGGUCGAGUGAAAAAUUCUCCCUUCGCCUCUCGCCGGUGAGCGAACCCUCUCGGAAAAAGGGGAUAGGAUGUGCCAGGGUAAGGCCAAGGGUGGAGGGGAAUCUCCUUAAAACGAGGCAAUCUUCCGCGAUCCGCCGUAAAAUUACACGGAGGUUUUGGUGAUGAACAUUUUGCCGCGCAUCCAGACGAGAGAUCUCAUCCCCCUCCCGGUCUAUAGUCACCGCAUUAAGCUUAUCGCACCCGGCAUUGUCGGGGCUGAAACACACGCCGAUGGGCAAUCGCUGAGAAUCGUAGGAAGAUGCGUGUACACGCGUCGUUCGGACCGCCACCUCGCCGUUUCACCAAAGGAUCGUCCCGUGAACAACGGCUCCGGCUAUUCGGAGCUGCUCGAGCAGCAAAAUGUGGAGAUAAGUCUGGGAGGUACCAUAAAGUCAUUCGCCUCCGCUGCUACCCGCUCGCUGCAAAACUACGGGCAGAACUUUGAAAGGGAAAUUCGAGCGGCUGGGGCCGAGCGGCGAGUGAGCGAGCAGCGUUCUCGCUGGCAAGAAGCCCGGUGAUGCGCUGAGUUAGCUGUUAAUGUUCCGAAGAGAGCGUCCAAAUAGAGACGCCGCCAGUGAAUAGUUUAAUUAACGGCGAGCGCGAAGGAAACACACUCCCGCCCCCGCGCGCCGACGGGGCCGUAAUCGCGGCGCUUUCUGCGCGCGAUUCCCACGCGCGCGCCUCGCGACUCCGCUGGAAUGAAUAUUAGUGGACUAAGCUUCAAUAAUAAAUCCUACUAUGUUAAAGUGAAUCAGUGAAUAGCCACUGAUAUCAGUUAUAUGUAAAGCACUGAGCAGUUUCAGUGCUGUACUUAUAACUGCAAAUCAGUGUAUAUU